AUGGCCGCGCGCAGCCGGCGCGCCUGGCUCAGCAUGCUGCUCGGGCUCGUGCUGGGCUUCGUACUGGCCUCGCGGCUCGUCCUGCCGCGGGCCUCGGAGCUGAAGCGAGUGGGCCCGCGGCGGCGCCACAGUCCCGAGGGAUGCCGGCCAGGGCUGGCGGCGGCGCAGCCCGGCGGGGCGCGGGGCGAUGCGCGCGGGGCUCAACUCUGGCCGCUCGGCUCAGCUGCGGAGGGUGUCCCGCAGGACAGGAACUUUCUCUUCGUGGGAGUCAUGACCGCCCAGAAAUACCUGCAGACCCGCGCCGUGGCCGCCUACAGAACAUGGUCCAAGACAAUUCCUGGGAAAGUUGAGUUCUUCUCCAGUGAGGGCUCAGAUACCUCUAUACCCAUUCCGGUGGUGGCGCUGCGGGGUGUCGACGACUCCUACCCACCCCAGAAGAAGUCCUUCAUGAUGCUCAAGUACAUGCACGACCACUACUUGGACAAGUACGAAUGGUUUAUGAGAGCAGAUGAUGAUGUUUACAUCAAAGGCGACCGUCUGGAGAGCUUUCUGAGGAGUUUGAAUAGCAGCGAACCCCUCUUUCUCGGGCAGACAGGACUGGGCACCACAGAAGAAAUGGGGAAACUGGCCCUUGAGCCUGGAGAGAACUUCUGCAUGGGGGGGCCUGGUGUGAUUCUGAGCCGGGAAGUGCUUCGGAGAAUGGCACCACACAUUGGCAAGUGUCUCCGGGAAAUGUACACCACCCAUGAGGACGUAGAGGUGGGAAGAUGUGUCCGGAGAUUUGCAGGCGUGCAGUGUGUCUGGUCAUAUGAGAUGCAGCAGCUUUUUUAUGAGAAUUAUGAACAAAACAAGAAAGGGUACAUUAGAGAUCUCCAUAGCAGUAAAAUCCACCGAGCAAUCACCUUACACCCCAACAAAAACCCACCCUACCAAUACAGGCUACACAGUUACAUGCUCAGCCGCAAGAUUGCCGAGCUGCGCCAUCGCACAAUCCAGCUGCACCGGGAAAUCGUCCUGAUGAGCAAGUACAGCAGCACGGAAAUCCACAAGGAAGACCUCCAGUUGGGCAUCCCACCCUCCUUCAUGCGCUUUCAGGCCCACCAGCGAGAGGAGAUCCUGGAGUGGGAGUUUCUGACCGGGAAAUACUUAUAUUCAGCCACUGAUGGCCAGCCUCCCCGGAGAGGCAUGGACUCAGCACAGAGGGAGGCCUUGGAUGACAUCGUCAUGCAGGUGAUGGAGAUGAUCAAUGCCAAUGCCAAGACUCGCGGCCGCAUCAUUGACUUCAAGGAGAUCCAGUAUGGCUACCGUCGUGUGAAUCCCAUGUACGGUGCAGAGUACAUCCUGGACCUGCUGCUCCUGUAUAAGAAGCACAAAGGGAAGAAGAUGACAGUGCCCGUGAGGAGGCACGCAUACCUACAACAGACCUUCAGCAAGGUGCAGUUCGUGGAGCACGAGGAGCUGGACGCGCAGGAGCUGGCCGAUAGAAUCAACCGGGACUCUGGCUCCCUGUCCUUCCUGUCCAAUUCCCUGAAGAAGCUUGUUCCCUUCCAGCUUCCUGGGUCCAAGAUGGAGCCCAAAGAGCCCAAAGAAAAGAAGAUCAACAUUUUGAUCCCUUUGUCUGGGCGCUUCGACAUGUUUGUGAGGUUCAUGGGAAACUUCGAGAAGACAUGUCUCAUUCCGAAUCAGAACGUCAAGCUGGUCAUUCUGCUUUUCAACUCUGACUCCAACCCUGACAAGGCCAAACAGGUUGAGCUGAUGAGAGAUUAUCGAGUCAAGUACCCUAAAGCCGACAUGCAGGUUUUGCCUGUGUCUGGAGGGUUUUCAAGGGCACUGGCCUUGGAAGUAGGAUCUGCCCAGUUUAAUAAUGAGUCUUUGCUCUUCUUCUGUGAUGUUGACCUGGUGUUUACUGCAGAAUUCCUGCAGCGGUGUCGCGCAAACACAGUGCUGGGCCAGCAGAUCUAUUUCCCAAUCAUCUUUAGCCAGUACGAUCCAAAGAUUGUUUAUAGUGGGAAGGUUCCCAGCGACAACCAUUUUGCCUUUACUCAAAAAACUGGCUUCUGGAGAAACUAUGGGUUUGGCAUUACCUGUAUUUAUAAGGGAGACCUUGUCAGAGUGGGCGGCUUUGACGUCUCCAUCCAAGGCUGGGGGCUGGAGGAUGUGGACCUCUUUAACAAGGUUGUCCAGGUGGGGUUGAAGACGUUCAGGAGCCAGGAGGUGGGAGUCGUCCACAUCCACCACCCUGUCUUCUGUGACCCCAGUCUGGAUCCCAAACAGUAUAAAAUGUGCUUGGGGUCAAAAGCAUCAACAUAUGGGUCCACGCAGCAGCUGGCUGAAAUGUGGCUGGAAAAGAAUGACCCCAGUUACAGCAAAAGUGGCAGCAAUGGCUCUGCCAGGACAGCCUGACCCCAGCCCUGCUGGGAAGGAUGUUUUUAAUUGCCUAAUUUAUUUUUCAGAAAUUUUUUUGUAUGAUCAGUUUUUGAAGUCCAUACAAGGAUAUAUUUUCCAAGUGGUUUUCUUACACAGGACUCCUUUAAGAUUGAGCUUUUUGAACAAAAAUGUGAUCAGUGUUUGCCUUUGAACACAUCUUGCUGAACAUUAUGUAGCGCCUGUCUAACCCUGACUUGAAACAUACCUGAUGAACAAAAGCUUUAUAAUAAUUUUUUGGUUUUUUUACAUUUCUUUUCCAGACAACUCCCCUUUCUCUAUUUUCUUAUGGCAGAAACAUUACACGAACAUUCCUAAGAAGUAUUACUGUGACAGAAACACUGUCACUCUGGUAAAUGUGCUGUGUUCUGUUAUGACUGUUAACUUUGCACAAAUUCUACCUUCUUACUUUUU